AUGGUCCCCGAUCUCCUGGCCUUGUCUCCUCGGAAAGAACACCACUACUACGACCCCUCAACGGAGCUAUACGCUGGACUAUGGUGUCUCUUUACUGCUGCGACCGCAUUCCUGGCGCUGAGGGUCUGGGUCAAGGUCAGCAGGCGCCACGGAUUGUGGUACGAUGAUUACCUGCUCAUCUUAUCAUGGAUCAUCCUCUUGGGCACGGAUAUACUUAUAACAGUCGAGUACGCUACGGGAUAUGCGAGGGGGAGCUGGGACGACAGGAUGCAUAUUUUGAUCAACAUAUCUUCGGACGGCACAGUCAUUGGACAGGCUCUCACCAAAACAGCAUUUGCCGUCACACUCCUCCGCAUGUGCCAUGCUUCGACACGGUCGCGUUGGCCCUGGCAGCAGGCCCUGCUAUGGUUCUGCAUCAUCACAAUGGACGGCAUCGCCUUGACAAAAUGUGUCUUCCAAUGGGCCAAGAUGUGUGAGAGGCACGACUACCAGCAGUGGUAUCGUAUCCAGGGAUGGUGUCUAAAUUGGACCUUUUCUCAGGACUUUAAGGAGGUUGGGAACAUCUACAACAUUAUCAUGGACUUUAUGUUUGCCAUUUUCCCCUGGUUCAUAACAUGGCCGUUGAAUCUCAAACGGGGUGAGAAGAUCGGACUAUGCAUCACCUUGAGCCUUGGUAUGAUGAUUGCUAUCGUCACAGCAAUUCGAACUUGGUGGAAAGACACGCCGCUCAUGCACGUGCACGACAACUGGUAUAUGUUGCGUGACGCGAUAUCACAGAUCUGGUACUCGGCUGAGGUUGCUGGAACAAUCAUAGUUCAGUGUGUCCCAGUGCUCAGGCCGUUCCUCAAGGAUCUGCAUACCUCGUUCACAUCGAAACGGCUUGACGCAACUGAGCCAUCACAAGCGAAAUCGACAUGGCGUGGUUCGACGCUGGUCGACCAUAAAUCAAAGUCAAUCCCCUCGCGAACGGCUUCGAUACUAUCCAAGAACGAGGAGAAGAAGUCGCCUGGACUGUUCGAACUGACGGAAAUACCUGAGGAGCCAGGUGCACUAGACCAGACACGCAAGGGCUUUGGGUACCACGCGGAUGCGUACUAUGAACCUAGUUCCGAUACAAGUGUCGACCUACCCGUUCAGGGCAUAACCACCACCACGACAACGACCCAACGGCUGAACGGGCCAUUGGACUCAUGGCCGAUCCCAGCAAGGGGCAACUACUAG